AUGGUAAAAGAGCUCUCCAGAGUACUCCUGACCUUCACACCUCAUGUUCCGUGCGAGUUCAACAGGAAGCAACGAUCCAUGGAAGAUGUUGAUCGUUGGAAAGCUACAGAAUUCAGGCAGUUCCUCUUGUACACUGGACCAGUCAGCUUAAAAGGCCUUGUACCAACUCAAGUGUACAACAACUUCAUGCUGCUUUCAGUUGGCAUCACCAUCCUACUGAAUGUAUCCCUGUGUGCUGACCUCGCAGACUAUGCACACGGAAUAUUGGUUCUCUUUGUUGAUCACUGCAGCAAGCUUUAUGGAAAGGAACAUGUGACAUACAACAUGCAUGGAUUGGUGCACCUCUGGCAAGAUGCAAAAAAGUAUGGUGUUCUUGAUAACAUCUCAUGCUUCCCAUUUGAAAACUUCCUUGGACGCCUGAAGAAACUGUUGCGCAAACCUACACAACCACUGGAGCAGGUUGUUCGCCGAUUGUCGGAGAGAAGUCAGCACAGAAGAACAAACAUCUCCAAAACAAGGCCCUUGAGGGAGCACAACCAUGGACCACUCCUCAAUGGUCUUUCUGUGAAAAAGCAGUAUGAGGAGUAUUACUUUCAAGACUUUGUUGUGAAACGUUCAGAGGGAAACAACUGUGUCCUGUUGGAAAAUAAGGACAUAGUUGUUAUAGAGAAUGUAGUCGUUGAUGAAAUGGACAACACUUUGGUCAUCUACAAGAGCACCUGGGAGAAACAUCAUUUUAAGUUUAUGAAGGGAGCAGGGAAGCGAAAGAGAAGCUUAACUUCCAAGUACAGACCCCAGGCCUCUUCUGAUGAAGAGGAGUCUUGUCUUCCAGAUGCACCAGCAGUGCUGUCGUUUCAGCAACCUCUUUUGAGCUUUGAAAACCUUGUUCCCAGUAACAAGGUUUCAGUGCUGCCCGAUGCUCCAGAGGUUGCAUCGAUUCCAGAAAACCAGGAAAAUGUUGAGCCAUCUGUAGAUUUCAGAGCUGAUUUCCAGAGACUCCAGAAUGAGAACCAAGCCCUGAGGGAUGAGAACCAAGCCCUGAGGGAUGAGAACCAAGCCCUGAGGGAUGAGAACCAAGCCCUGAGGGAAAGCAAUGCACCAGCAGCUUCGGAUGACAGCGGAUCACUUCAGGAGCAGGUGAAGCAAGUUGGGACAAUGUUAAAGACGUUUGCUCGCACUGGGCAAUCAGGUGCAGAUCAGACCCUAAUUCUGCGGCGUCUUGGAGAGUUUGGCGAUGUUGUGCGAAGCAUGGACAUCAAAAUGGACACUAUGCUGCAACAUUUUAGUGCCGGUGUGUCCGUUGGAGGGUUAUCCCUGCCAGGGGAUCUGUUACUCCCACUAGACACCCAGGACGAUUUAGCGUUGCUUGACAGCAGUCUGAGGCAGGAUAAAGAGCUCCAGCAACGAUUUCUUCGGUUUUUGGCAAUCAAGUGUGGGAGGGACCUCAAGACAACUGUGUGGCGAAUGCUUGAGAGUAUCUUCUCUAAUCGCCUUUCCAUUAACACAACCUGGACUGGUGCAGGGGAAAAAGCAUGUUUUAGAGACAUGUUCCUGAAGACCAUUGUUCAAAGAGCCAUCCGGAAGAACUCGGCAACCCAGGAUGCCACUGAUGAGGCGAUCCAGGUUAACGUUACGCGUUACCUGAAAGGAGCAGCUGACCGUGAAGGUGGAAAAAGGCGCCGCACAGCUGAGAGGGACCCACAGCCGACCCCUCAAACCUAGGCUGACUACCGACACCCCUGCUAAAAGUGUCAGACUAAACUCACUCAAUCCACACUCUUCACUAGAAAUUGCUGUUUUUUUUUUAUUUUUAUUUUUUAUUUUUCCCCAUCUCGUGACCCUGCCUUCAGGGCAGCUCCUUGGAUGAAUAUGGGAUGUUUUUUUUUUUUUUUCCUCUCAUGACCCUGCCUUCAGGGCAGCUCCUUGGAUGAAUAUGGGAUGGUUUGUCUUUUUAUACAGGCGCACGAGGAAUCACUGAAGAUGUGCCAAUUUGCACUGCCUCAUUGUGGAGGUCGAGGAAAACCAGACCCCAACCACUCCAGACAUUGUGAUUGACUGUGUUCUCAACAGCCAGAUUUUCUGCUGUUAAUUGCAUUUGUUCCCACUUAUUGUCAUGUUUAAGUUGAAUGUAAAACUUUACAUUAUCCUGCACAUUCUUUGAUACCAAAGAUCUCAAUUAUUUAAUAUACAAUUUGCUGCUUAUUUCAUUGUUACAGUGCUUAACUAUUCUAUUUUUAAAUAUAGCUUAUAAAUCCUAGAUUAUACAUCUAAUACUUGAUAUUUGCACAUUAUCUGGUAGCAAAUAUUCUACUUACCGUGACUUUAGUAUUGGCUUAUUUCAUUCCGUCAGUGCUUAACGAUUCUAUUAUAGUUUGUAAAUCCUAUUUCAUACCUCUGAUAUUUGAUAUUGCACUUUUAACUAGUACCAGUUAAUUCUACUUUCAUUCCAUCAGUGUGCUUAACUGUUAUUCUAUUAAAAAUAGCUUGGUUAUACUAUUUCAUACCUUUUGAUAUUGCACUUUCACUAGUACCAAAAAAUUCUACUUUCAUUCCAUCAGUGUGCUUAACUGUUAUUCUAUUGUUAAAUAUAGCUUGUAAAUCCUUGUGCCACAGGUCAGCAUUGCAGUUAUAAUGGCAUAUUAUACUCCAGAGCUUUACUCUAAAUUAUUACCACUUAUCCUAUUGUUAGAAAUGACUUGUAAAUAUGAUGUUAUACCUCAAUUUAUUUGAUAUCCUGCACUUUAUUUGGUACCAAAUAUCCUCAUUGCUUAUGUUUACUGGUAAUUCUUUUCAUCCCAGAGCUGACCUCUUUAUAUUAUUUACAAUUGUUGUAAGUGUUACAAUAGUGUUUUUUACAAAAGUGUUUUUUUUUUGCUUGUUUUUACCAAAAUUUAAUUGGAAACCUGCAUUUUCUUUGGGUGUAUAUAUGUUUGUAUUUUUCUGUUAUUUAUAUUUCAGUGAUCUGACAUAUUGUUUCAAUGACAGUUACUGUAAUUUGAAAUGUGGAAUAAAAA